AUGGAUUCAAAUCUCUACAAAGCUGCAGCAACAGGAAAUAUAGACUUGCUUAAGGAAGCGCUUCCUAGUCUGAAUACCGCACGGAUAGAUGAUCAAUUUAUCUCCUCCGAAGGAAAGGAUAAUAUUAUCCAUCUUGCUGCUAAAAAUGGCCAUCAAGACUUCAUCUUUGAAGUUAUAGAGAAAAUACAGCUGCCCAUCUCUCUGAAAAGAGCACUCAUCUGUCAUAAAAAUAGGGUUAAAUGGAACCCACUUCACCGAGCUGCAUGGGAAGGCCAUUUCCAAAUUGUCAGAAUCUUAAUCGAAUCUUACCAUAAAUUAUCAAGUGAACCAGAAAUAAGAUUGAGAGUUGAAGAUGCUCAAUUGGAUGAUAAUAAUCAGAUUCAGCCGCCAUGGUUAGCGACAACUACUAAUCGAAGUACUCCUCUGAAUUUGGCUAUGCAGAACGGACAUGAAGAAGUUGCACUUUAUAUUUUAUCACAAGAUCUAGAAAAAUUCUGUAACAUGGUGGACUCUAGAAAAAGCCCACUUUACCAAGCUGUGACAAAAGGGAUGGAACGAGUUGCGCUACAAAUAUUGACAUCAGAUUGCUCUUACAGUCUUGGUAGUCGAGACCUCACACUUCUCCAUGACUCAUACCGAAUCACAGAAUUUAAGAAUUUAUUCUGCCACAAAAACAUUAUUAGGGGAGAUAACCCUCUACAUUGUGCUGCUGCUAUUCGUGGAAAUGUGGAAGUGGUAAAACUCCUGAUGGAUGCUUGCUUGCAGUUAUUUGUAUCAAAUGGAGAGCAACCAGACAACUUGCCAUGGUUACAUGGAAAUUCAAAAGGGCAAACGCCACUAUAUGUGGCAUUAGAUUAUGACAAGGAAGAUGUCGCAACUUAUUUGCUUGACGCGGAUUUCAGAUUGGCCUUCAUAUCGGAUUCUGAUGGCAAGGGCCCACUCUUUCUAGCCGUGGAACGCCGACUCGAUGAGGCUGUUGGGCAUAUGGUGGGUUUGAGAACACUCUUAUCAGAGUCAGCGUCACCGCUUUAUGGUCUUAAAAGACAAAGCAUUUUUCAUAUUAUCUCCGAAUGGCCAGGUCCUUUUGAAAUUUUGAUUGACUUCCCUUAUGAUAAAAAUUUAAUGAACAUGGAGGAUAUCAACGGGAAGAAACCUCUUGAUUAUGCAGCAGCAAAAGGUAACGUAGAUCUCAUCAGUUGGAUCUUAAAGUCGUUUGAUAUGAGGAAUAAUGCCCCCUAUGCUUGGAUUGAGGCCUGCAAAAGUGGCCAUAUGGAUGCUUUUCUCGUGCUCAUGAACAGCUGUUAUGAUUUUGGAAAGCUUUGUGUUGAACAAAAAAAUACACCACUACACCACAUGAGAUUACAAACUAGAGAGCAAUACCAGACAUUACUUGACAUUCCACUGAUCGGGCAGCUUAAGAAUUUACGAGAUUCAGAUGAUGCAACGCCAUUGCAUAGAGCCAUUGAACGAGCAGACAUCGUCUUCGUUGAACUGUUGCUAGGGGCUCCUGAUAUUGAUUGGGAUACAAAGGACAAGAAUGGUGAAACGGCCAUGAAUUUGCUGGCAAAGCGACGUGAUGAACUCCCUGAUUGGGUAAGUAUUAAAUCUUCAACGAUGAAUUUUUGCAUGUACAGAUUUGAUGAGUUAUGAGGUUUA